AUGGUUGUAUUGGUGAUGAGUUACCACAGCAACAGCCGAAUAAAAGACAGAAAUGGACGCCCUCGGACAAAACGCUUCAUCCGACCCUGUGGUGAUGAACAACAGCGAGAGCCCGACAGAGGACAUGGGAAAUGCCUCCCUCAACAUCUCCACCUUCAACGCCUGGGAGAUGGAAUCCACUUAGAGUCCAUCAUCGUUCCAAUACUGUUCUGCGCCAUCUUCAUCGUCGGACUCAUCGGAAACGGGACUCUCAUCUUCUCUGUCGCCGUCAACAAGGUGAUGCGGAACGUGCCCAACAUCCUCAUCGUCAGCCUCUCUCUGGGUGACUUACUGCUCGUCCUCAUCUCCGUGCCCCUGACUUCCACCAUCUUCACCUUCGUGUCGUGGCCGUACGGCCAGGCUGCAUGCAAGUUCAACUUCUUCAUGCAGAGUCUGUCACUGGGAGUAACAGUCUUCACACUAACGGCUCUCAGCGUCGACCGGUACCUGGCCAUCGUCGACCCCAUGAGCAAACACACUGGCAAGACGCAGGCGACCACGCUGGCGGUCUCCGCCGGCAUCUGGGUCCUGUCCUUCAUCCUGGCCCUGCCCGACAUCUUUCUCAGCAGCGUUGUGGAGCGGAGUAUGGGCCAAGAAUCCCCGAAAAGAUUUUGCUUCAACUUCGCCGAACACUACGAACCGAUGAUUCCCAAGAUAUACUACCUGGCGAGAUUCAUCAUCUACUUCGCUCUUCCCGUCUGCAUCAUUGCCUGCUUCUACAUGCUCAUGGCUCAGAUCCUUAUCCGCAGCGGCAAACAGAUUCCGUGUGAGGGCAAAGGUGGUGGUCUGAACCAGCAGCGGCAGAUCGCGGCUCGUAAGAAGGUGGCCCGCGUCGUCCUUAGUUUCGUCCUCAUCUUUAUCGUCUGCUGGCUGCCACGUCAUAUCUACCUUCUCUGGUUUUACUUCGAUGACUCUCUGUACAACGACUUUUGGAACGUCUUCAAGAUCCUCGGCUUCUGCCUGACCUACAUCAACUCCUGCGUCAACCCGUUCGCCCUCUACCUCCUGAGCUCGCAGUUCCGAAAGUACUACAACCGAUACCUCUUCUGCUGCUUCAAGCGCGUGCGCUACACCAGCCUGGAGCCGUCCUCCACCAUGCACAACUUCAACAGCACGGUGAGGCGCGCCAGCUCCACCAACACCUCCAUGGUCCACUCGCAGUCCAUGUGUUGACUAGACCGCCUCCUCGCUGCAGCCCGCCUUGGCAAGAAGAAGCGACCACAAGCUUACAGCAGCAGGAGUCAGGGGCAGGAGCUGGGUAGAGGUCGGUUGUGGCGAGGGGUGGCGUUCCGGAAACACACGACCAGAGCUGCAGGAUGUUCUCCAGAGGUCAGAGACGAGUUCAUCGAGCUCCGGCACGGCCAGCAGGCAUGGCGACCGACACUGUCGCCCUCGCUCGGUUCAUCCGUCUUGACAGACUCUCCUGUUCGACACGACCUGGAGAGUACCUUGGAGUCGAACAUUGAAGACUACGGCAGAGAAUAAGCGACAACCUACGUGUACUGUUCUUGGUCUCGACAAGAGAACUCACAGUGGUGCUAAGCUCACCAUGACUCGAGUGAACUCGCUAGAGAAGUGAGAUUACUUAGUAUGUACAGUUUUAUCUACCAAGACUGGGAAAGUCGGUGCCAUGUUGCUAUUUGUGUGUCAACCCCACGCCCAAAAACACUUCAGCCUCCAAAAUGUUUGUCAAAACACGAUUUUCUCUCAAUAGCAUCCACGGGUUGUGCUGGGAAAUUCAGAUAGAACAAAAAUUAACAUAUUAGUACAUGCAUAUAAUUAUUUAUUGUCAACAUAUAAUAAACUGAUUUCUGUGUGGUUAUAAGUGAACCUUUAGACUCGAUUCUUCCACUGGUUCAUGAUAAUUACUGGGAAUAUUUUUUUUCGAGGAACUUGUCUUGAAAGUCGUUACCGUCUCCGUUUGCGAUAUCUGUGAAACAGCUUUCGUAAAUAUUAUAACUGGUCAAAGAUCAACUUCAUGUUUUCUUCCAGUUCAAUACUUUCAUUUAAUGUAAUUUUCAAUAUUUACAGAACCUGUGUCUUGACAAUAGAACACCUUGUCUUACCCUCAUUAACCUGAGUCGUGUGAAUAGGUUUGAUGCCCAGGCCAAGUUCCUUGUUGUUGUUUUGUAGAAGCAGUGUGGUGAUGAUAAAUUUGUUCCAUGUUUUGUACGAAGUAACAAUAAAGUUUACAUGAAAAAUAAUUUCGCCGCAGAAAGAAAAAAGUCCACUUGGUGCGGCAUUCCUUCUUGUUCAGGUCUGCUAUUCUUAGGGUUUUUUUUAAAUUUAUUUGCAUUAUUUGUUAGUUUUUGCCAUUUGUUUCAUAAAAAAACUUAUGUCAGAGGUCUCAGAUAUUGUAUUUGCUUUGUCUCUAAUAUUAUGGUUUACUAGUCAAAAUAUAAAUAGAAAACAAAGCACGUCAAUCAAAACUGAGAGAUUCUAUCCCUUACUGUUUUAUUUGGUAUAUAACAAUUUGUUAAUAAGUAGGCUUUUAAGUGUCAAAUGUGCUUAAAAACCUACUUUUUUAAUCAUGAUUUUUUUAAUUAAAUAGUUUUAAUAACCACGCAGGUACGCAGCAUUGUUUGUUGCCGGUUGUCAAUUAGAAUUAUUAUCAAAACAAAGACAAGUGAAGGAAGUCGUAAGGCAUUAUCACACCUGAAUACUCACCUGUUCAUAACAGCAUUUGUCAGUAAUUUAACUUGAACAAUGUAAAUAGCAGUUCAUUUAAAUGUCAUCUGUGUAUGAAUAUUCUCAAUGCUGUUGGGCUCCUUGUAAGAUAUUUUUCAGUUAGCUUGCCUUUGGUCAAUGUCUGUGAUGUCAAUUAAUACCAAUUUGGCUUAGAAUUCUGUCAGAAUUCUGAAAGAUUAACAUAUUUACCCUCUUAUCGCACACAAAAGUUAUCGGUGGGAUAACAUUUUCUGUCUGUACAACUAGUUUUCAUAUUGUCCAUAUGUAACAUUGCUUUGUACAUGGUCAUUCGUUCGUACAACUUUACAUGAAAAUAUAAGGGAAACAAGCUUGUGAUUUUUUGUUCUGUUGAUACACUAACAGGUACAACUAACUCUGAUGUCAAAAUAAAUUUUAUUCGCUGAAAACAGAUUUCUGAUAUCUACGGAGGGAUUGACUGAUAUUAACAAAAAGAACAACUCGAAGAUUGUUCCAGUCGUUGACAAUGUCCUCAGUCCAGCUGCCGACUGCACGUGCGCCAGUAACAUUUAUAAUUAAAUUUAUAAUAUUCAGGUGUGUAUCAAACUAAGAAGUAAGCUUCUGUCUGGGAUUGGGAAAAAAACCCCUGAUGUGAUCAGCUUUAUAAGUGAGAUGAGGGCUGGAUGUGAGUGCAGCAGGCACGUUGAUGAUGUUAGUCUUGUAAGAAAGGUCUUCAGGACUUCUGUGGCCCAAGACUCACAAUGGUCGAUUAUACAGCAUCUUGGGGUCACUGUUGAGGUAAAGGUCAGCAUGACAUAGCCUGGGUGAUCAUUGGGUUCCCUUAUCAGCACCCACAGGAAAUUUCAGAAAACUGUGGAAGGUUAAAAUGUGCACAAUGAUACCAGCUUUCAAAGUUUAAUUGCCAAACAAUUUGUCUGGAAAAUUCCUAGACACUUUAGUACAGAAAGUACCCAUUUUCUUUUUUGUUAUUUGAUUUAUUUUUUAAGUACAACACAACUGUACACAAUUUUGGAAAUGGGGAUGAGAUCAUGCUGUGGAGUGAGGCCAAUGGAUGUUGAGGAUUGAACAUUGAAUCUUGUAUUACCUGAUCACAGUCGAAGAUUUGAGAUUCAUGGUCUACAUUUGAAUGUUAUAGCAGUAAUGAUGCUACUUGGUGACAUUACGAAUGUAAUUUGCGGACUGUGUACUCUAAGAUUAAGAAGGAUGGCCCUGACAUUAAACCUCACUUUGCAAAUAAAAUCCAUACAAGUAGUAAAACAAGUCCUAACAAACUCAGUCUCUGACCAGAACAGACGUUCUACUCAACAUUAUUUACAUGGCAGGGUGAAUCCUCCCUGACAUCCACCAACAUCCACAGAUCAAGUGAACCCUGUGGCUUCGCGUCCAUUGUGAUAUUUUGUGAUCAAAAGAAAACCAAAACCGCUCAGAAUCAGAGGAAGGAUCAGGUCUACCCGCACAUUGGUGGGUACUAUCUCAACACACACCAAAAAGAAGUACAGAGAAAGGCGAGACAAACAUACAGAAAAAAAAUCCCAUCGAGCAGGCGCUACUGACGGCUCUACAACACCGUAUAUUUCAUGACAAGGCAACUGGACACCUUUUUGAAGAAUUCUGUCCUUUCAAGGACGAGACUAGAACGAUAUAUGAUGUAAAAGGCGACGUGCAAUGUGUAAGGUCUUGAUUAGUAGAGAGAAGAAAGAAGGUGAAGAUUGGUUAGCACUUUUCUGGCCCUCAGAGUCAGGGAAAUAGUCCGGUAAAGGAGCUCAGUGAUCUCAGAGAGUGAUUGCAGUCAUUGCCUAGUGAUUUCAACUUUUUUCAGUCGUUGCUUUCUUCCCGAUUCGGGGUCCAAAUUGAAAUGUACUGUCAGCCGCCGACCACGAGCCCACGAGAGCAAUCGGCACUACUUCACGACCUUUUCAACGCGGAGUGAGACAAAAUGCACGAGGCGUGUCGAGGUUGCCUCCGAAAGGUCGCAGACCACAGAUACUCGAUCGUUAAUAAACAGAGAUUUCAAAGCUUUGGCGUCCUCUCUCGGCUUCUUCAAAGCCAUGGCAUUUUGUCAAACGGGACCUGUUCUUUCAUUUUGUUGUGAAGGGAAACAUGUUUGAAGCCAGCUUUGUUUAUGCAGUCUGUGUGUACCUACACAAAAAAAAAAAAAUUAGCUCGUUCUCUAGAUUGAAAAGGUUAGGACGGUUACAAUGCAGUGUCGAUGCCAGCAGAAAGCUUCAAAGAAAGCAUCAAAUCUGUGGAAGCUCCCUCUCUCAGAGACAGUUUAACCUCAGAACUUCCCGAUGGGAUAUAGAAAAUAUUUGUUUGCAUUAUUUUUGUCUCUGGUGCAAUAUUAGAAAAAAAGUUAUCAAACAAGUCUAUAAAUACACCUGGAGGUAUAAAAUCCCUAAAGGAAGAAUCUUUGGCAUACAGGUGAAGUCUGGUUCAUAUAUUCCCAACCUUCUAUUUUUGCAUCCAGGAGUUUUUAGACCUUCUGGUGCUGUUAAUGUUAAUGACGAUAAAGAAGAACUAGUGUGAUCUGUGAUCAGGUGAUACGAUUGUGAUAAGGAGAAGACGACGAGAGAAGACAGACGCUGAUUAAAAGAUUUACCAUAGAUAUUGUUGUUAUCGUCAACAAGAUUCUUCAACUUCAUGGACUUGUUGUUGGUUACUUCGUGAACUGUCAUCGCUGACAAGUUGUCGUGGAUUACCUUGUGGUCAUCGUCAUCGGUUACCUCGACAGUAGGUUACGGUUAUGUAUUUUACUUGUUCUUGUUUCAUGUGGUUGUGUGGCUGGGAUGAUGGAUGCUACAUGACGACGGCUGAUGUCUUCGUUAAUCUGUUUUGUAAUAUGGGUUCGGACCUAACAGCAUGUAAGACAAUAGUUUUUUGAGUGAAGAAGGAAGUUAUGAAAAAAGUAAAGGAAGACAACUGCUUUUAACUGUACAGUUUAUUUAUUAUUUCUUUAGAGUAUAAAUCGCCAUAAGUUUCAGGCGUAUGACUAUUUCUUCGCGUUAAAUUUUCUUCUAAACUACUUGAGCCCUAAAUUUCAAAAUUUUAUAGACUGUUGUCAAAAAUUAUAAUUUUUCUUGUCGAUCAUCUUUUUAGUUAUAAAACUUUUAGACAUAAUAAAGCAGUGUCAGAUAACGGUUACAAAAAAUAUUGAAAGCUUGUCCAUUUUAGAAGUAUGAAACAGAAUAGUUGUGAGUUAAUUCCAUACAAAAGUCUUACAGCUACAUAUGUAAUGCAUCUACAGGUCAUUGUGAUUGUCAUACACAUGAACUCAAGAUGGAUCUCAUGACCUCACCUUGUUAAAAUUGCUUUUUUUUUUUUUACUUGUCUUUGCAGAGAUUGUAUUAAAUUACAUCAGCUAUAUGAGUUUUCUGAAUUACCACACCCACUGUGAAAAUGUUUGAAUUCUAAAUAUUUCUUUUCUUUGUUAUUUUUUCCAUGUUCUUCACUUGUCUGGAAAUAUUGCCGCAGUUUGUUACAGAGACUGAAUGUGUUUAUCUUGGACUAACUUCCUGUAAAGUUUACUACAUGUGACUUUUGUUAGUUUUGUGGCUGACUAGUUCAAGCUAAACAAAUCAUUGUUGCUGAUGUUUCUGACCUGGUGUCUCACAAACUUAUUUCCAUUGUUACAGUUCUUGAUUUCAGUCUCGGUUGAUAUAAUAACCUGUUUCUUCGUGUUAAAUAUCUUCUGAUUAAAAGGGACUUUGUCUGACC